UCAAACUCUUCUACUGCCUCAAACUCACAUUGCAAAGUGGUCAAGUGGUGGGUGACGUGCUGAUAGUUAACAGGCUAAGGGUGCAACCCUAUGCAGCCGAAUGGGAGGCGAGCCUUAAUUUACCAGUCGAGAUUAAUAAAUAAAAAUAGCUCCUUUUAAAUCGUUGCCACCAACGUUUGUAACACUAUAGCGAGCAGAUCUUAGUACUAGCGGGUGAGGGCAUUCACAGCCGGCCUCUCAGACGAGCUCCAGCUAGCCAUUUUUACACAGAUCUGAACCAUAUUACCGGAGCACUUUUUUUUCUUCCUACAACGGAUCACCGCGACUGCAUUUUAUAUUCAUAAAACUUUUUUUUUUAAAUGUAUUAAACUUUUUAAAACUAGACUUGACUAGUUAAAAAAACGUUAAAUACAUAAAAAUAAAAGGUUAAUAAGAAAUUAUUAUUUACAGUGACGGGCAACCCGGACGACACUGGGUCAAUUGUGCUCCGGUCAGUCUGGGGCGGUUCUAAAUCUACUCAGUCACAUUACCUAACAACUUUACCAGUAUAUCCAAACAUAUGGGGGGCACAGAAAGAAAGGAAAAUGGAUAGCUUCUUCAGGAGAUCAAUGAUCACAUGGUGCUUUCAAGACAACUGGUAACUCGGAAAAGUACGAGGUCAAAUCAUGACGUCAGUUAUCUUCUGGGGCACAAUAUGCCAGCAGCACCAGAGCCCCUCCCCCUGGUGAUUUGCCGGCCCUCUGGUCAGAAAACCCCUCCCAGCCCGAGUCCUGCCCCCAGACCGGCACUAUCUCCUGGCAGGCCGAGAUCCAUGCUGCACGUAACUCCCAGGGCGACGUCUCCCAGAGCAUGAGCGCCCGCAACUCUGUCCCUGGGGCCACGCCUGCACCGGUCGGCUCGUUGUCACAGAGGAAGAGGCAACAGUACGCCAAGAGCAAGAAGCAGGGCGGCUCCACCAACAGCAGGCCGCCCAGGGCCCUGUUCUGCCUCACCCUCAACAAUCCCAUCCGCAGAGCCUGCAUCAGCCUCGUGGAGUGGAAACCCUUUGAUAUCUUUAUACUGCUUUCUAUUUUUGCCAACUGUGUGGCCUUAGCUGUUUACAUCCCCUUCCCUGAGGACGACUCCAACUCCACCAACCACGACCUGGAAACAGUAGAAUAUGCCUUCCUGAUCAUCUUUACGAUAGAGACCUUUCUGAAGAUCAUAGCAUAUGGUUUAGUCAUGCAUCAGAACUCCUACGUAAGGAAUGGCUGGAACAUGCUAGAUUUUGUCAUUGUCAUAGUAGGGUUGUUCAGUGUAGUUCUGGAGGUGAUAACCAAAGAGGGUGAUGCGGGGGCUCAGGGGGGUAAACCAGGAGGCUUUGACGUCAAGGCCCUCCGAGCAUUCCGUGUGCUCCGCCCCCUCCGUCUUGUCUCAGGAGUACCCAGUUUACAGGUAGUGUUGAACGCCAUCAUUAAAGCCAUGGUUCCUCUGCUCCACAUCGCUCUGCUAGUCCUCUUCGUCAUCAUCAUCUAUGCCAUCAUCGGUCUGGAACUCUUCAUCGGCAAAAUGCACGCCACUUGCUACCUGGUGGGCACCGGCAUUCUGGCAGAGGAGGAGCCUGUUCCGUGUGCAAUGUCAGGCCAUGGGCGCCAGUGCAUGAUGAAUGGGACUGUGUGUAGAGAGGGAUGGCAUGGCCCCAACGGUGGCAUCACCAACUUUGACAACUUCCUGUUUGCCAUGCUUACUGUUUUCCAGUGUAUCACCAUGGAGGGCUGGACUGAUGUUCUCUACUGGAUGAAUGAUGCCAUGGGCUUUGAGCUGCCCUGGGUUUACUUCGUCAGUCUAGUUAUCUUCGGCUCCUUCUUCGUUCUCAACCUGGUUCUGGGAGUUUUAAGCGGAGAGUUUUCCAAGGAGAGAGAGAAGGCCAAGGCUCGUGGAGACUUCCAGAAGCUGAGAGAGAAGCAGCAGCUGGAGGAGGACCUGAAGGGCUACCUGGACUGGAUCACUCAGGCCGAGGACAUCGACCCUGAGAAUGACGAGGAGGGGGACGAAGAGGGGGGAAAACGCAUCCCAAGCAAGCCCGCCAGCGAGACAGAGUCUGUGAACACUGACAACCCCAACGGAGAGGACGAUAAGGCUAACUGCUGUGGACCACUCUGUCAGAAAAUGAUCAAAUCAAAGUACAGUCGGCGAUGGCGUCGCUGGAACCGGUUCUGCCGCAGGAAGUGUCGUGUUGCCGUGAAGUCAGUGUCUUUCUAUUGGCUGGUGAUCAUCCUGGUGUUUCUCAACACGCUCACCAUCUCGUCAGAGCACUACAACCAGCCUGACUGGCUCACGGAAGUACAGGAUGUGGCCAACAAAGUUCUGCUGGCUCUGUUUACGUGUGAGAUGCUGGUGAAGAUGUACAGUCUGGGCCUGCAGGCCUACUUCGUGUCUCUGUUCAACCGCUUCGACUGCUUCGUGGUGUGUGGCGGCAUCGUGGAGACCAUCCUGGUGGAGCUGGCCAUCAUGUCUCCCCUGGGCAUCUCUGUGUUCCGCUGUGUCCGCCUGCUACGCAUCUUCAAGGUCACACGCCACUGGGCAUCUCUCAGUAACCUGGUGGCAUCGCUGCUCAACUCCAUGAAGUCCAUCGCCUCCCUCCUGCUCCUGCUCUUCCUCUUCAUCAUCAUCUUCUCUCUGUUGGGCAUGCAGCUCUUCGGCGGCAAGUUCAACUUCGACGAGACGAUAACUAAGAGGAGCACCUUCGACAACUUCCCCCAGGCACUACUCACAGUGUUUCAGAUCCUGACAGGCGAGGAUUGGAAUGCUGUGAUGUAUGACGGCAUCAUGGCGUACGGUGGACCCUUCUCCUCAGGCAUGGUCGUCUGCAUCUACUUCAUCAUCCUCUUUGUCUGUGGAAACUACAUCCUGCUGAACGUCUUCUUGGCCAUCGCCGUUGACAACCUGGCAGAUGCAGAGAGCCUGAACACAGCCCAAAAGGAGGAAGAGGAGGAGAAGGAGAGGAAGAAGAGUGCCAGAGACACUGAUAAGAUGGAGGAGCUGAAACCUGAGGACCAGGAUGGGGAUCUCAAGGUUCCACUGGAGGAGGAAGAGGAGAAGGAGCCGUAUCCCACUCCAGACACUCCAGUUGGUGAUGAUGACAAUGAUGAUGAUAAUCUGCCAGAGGUUCCGGUUGGGCCUCGCCCUCAAAGGCUGUCAGACCUCAGCAUCAAGGAGAAGACUCCGCCCAUCCCUGAGGGCAGUGCUUUCUUCAUCUUCAGCCACACUAACCCGGUCCGGGUGGCCUGCCACAAGCUGAUCAACCACCACAUCUUCACCAACCUCAUCCUGGUCUUCAUCAUGCUGAGCUCUGUGUCUCUGGCUGCUGAGGAUCCCAUACGGAACUUCUCUGCACGCAACAUCAUACUUGGUUAUUUUGACUAUGCUUUCACGGCAAUCUUUACUGUUGAGAUCCUAUUGAAGAUGACAGCUUUUGGGGCUUUCCUCCAUAAAGGAGCCUUCUGCAGGAACUACUUCAACCUGCUGGACCUACUGGUGGUUGGAGUCUCUCUGGUGUCCUUUGGCAUUCAGUCAUCUGCCAUCUCUGUGGUGAAGAUCUUGCGUGUGUUGAGGGUGUUGCGGCCCCUGAGGGCCAUCAACAGAGCCAAGGGCCUCAAGCAUGUGGUCCAGUGUGUAUUUGUGGCCAUCAGGACCAUUGGCAACAUCAUGAUCGUCACCACGCUGCUACAGUUCAUGUUCGCCUGCAUAGGAGUGCAGCUAUUCAAGGGCAAGUUCUAUCGCUGCACAGACGAGGCCAAGUCCAGCCCAGAGGAAUGCAAAGGCACAUACAUCCUGUAUAAGGAUGGAGAUACAGCGUUGCCUGCAGUUAGGGAGAGGAUCUGGUACAACAGUGACUUCAACUUUGACAACGUCCUCAUGGCCAUGAUGGCUCUGUUCACCGUCUCUACAUUUGAAGGCUGGCCUGCUCUGCUGUACAAGGCCAUCGACUCCAACCGAGAGAAUAUGGGUCCCAUCUACAACUACCGCGUGGAGAUCUCCAUCUUCUUCAUCAUCUACAUCAUCAUCAUCGCCUUCUUCAUGAUGAACAUCUUUGUCGGUUUCGUCAUCGUCACCUUCCAGGAGCAGGGAGAGAAAGAGUACAAGAACUGUGAGCUGGACAAGAACCAGCGUCAGUGUGUGGAGUAUGCUCUGAAGGCUCGUCCACUGAGAAGGUACAUCCCUAAGAACCCCUACCAGUAUAAGUUCUGGUAUGUGGUCAACUCCACAGGCUUUGAGUACGUCAUGUUCGUCCUCAUCAUCCUCAACACACUGUGUCUGGCCAUCCAGCACUAUGGCCAGUCUCACCUGUUCAACUAUGCCAUGGACAUCCUCAACAUGGUCUUCACUGGCGUCUUCACUGUGGAGAUGAUCUUUAAACUCAUCGCCUUCAAACCCAGGGGGUAUUUUGGGGAUGCCUGGAACGUCUUCGAUGCCCUGGUGGUGAUCGGCAGUGUAGUAGACAUCAUUCUCACUCAGAACACUGAAGACAGCGCUCGCAUCUCCAUCACAUUCUUCCGUCUGUUUCGAGUCAUGCGAUUGGUCAAGCUGCUCAGCAGAGGGGAGGGCAUCCGAACGCUCCUGUGGACCUUCAUUAAGUCCUUCCAGGCUCUUCCCUAUGUUGCCCUUCUGAUAGCCAUGUUAUUCUUCAUCUAUGCUGUUAUUGGAAUGCAGGUGUUUGGAAAGAUUGCCUUGGUAGACCACACACAGAUUAACCGAAACAACAACUUCCAGACCUUUCCUCAAGCUGUCCUGAUGCUCUUCAGGUGUGCUACAGGUGAGGCGUGGCAAGAGAUCAUGCUGGCAUGUCUGCCAGGGAAGUUGUGUGACUCGGAGUCAGACUACAACCCUGGAGAGGAGAAAACCUGUGGCAGCGGAUUCGCCAUCAUCUACUUCAUCAGCUUCUACAUGCUCUGCGCCUUCCUGAUCAUCAACUUGUUUGUUGCUGUCAUCAUGGAUAACUUUGACUAUCUGACACGUGAUUGGUCCAUUCUGGGCCCUCACCACCUGGAUGAGUUUAAAAGGAUCUGGUCUGAGUACGACCCUGAGGCCAAGGGCAGGAUAAAGCAUCUGGAUGUGGUGACCUUGCUGAGACGCAUCCAGCCCCCUUUAGGCUUCGGCAAGCUGUGUCCACACAGAGUGGCCUGCAAGAGACUGGUUGCAAUGAACAUGCCCCUGAACAGUGAUGGCACGGUCAUGUUCAAUGCCACUCUGUUUGCCUUGGUGAGGACCGCUCUGAAGAUCAAAACUGAAGGCAACUUGGAACAGGCCAAUGAGGAGUUGCGAGCGGUCAUCAAGAAGAUCUGGAAGAGGACCAGCAUGAAGCUGCUGGACCAAGUGGUGCCCCCUGCAGGCGAUGAUGAGGUAACCGUGGGGAAGUUCUAUGCUACCUUCCUGAUACAGGACUACUUCAGGAAAUUCAAGAAACGCAAAGAGCAAGGCCUGGUGGGAAGACACUCGUUCUCCAGCCUGAACUCCACCAUAGCCCUCCAGGCUGGCCUCCGCACACUGCAUGAUAUUGGGCCCGAAAUUCGCCGAGUCAUAUCAUGUGACCUGCAAGACGAGGGCCUUGUAGACAUGAAUGCAGAAGAAGAUGACGAGGUGUCUAGGAGGAACGGCGUGCUGUUCGCCAACCACACCAAUCACAUUAACGGGGAACACCGGGGUUCUGUCACCCAGCGGCCCCUCCAGGUCCCGCCUCCUUCCUGCCACGCAUUUGUGGAGCCCUCUCAGGUUGGCUCUGAGGAAGGGGCUGGUGACCCCCACCCCUACAACCACUACUACCCCAAAUCCCCCAUGUCCUCCAACGCCAACCUCAACAACGCCAACAUCCCCACCCUGCCCUCCCUGACCAAAGGGGGGCAGCGGUGCUGUCUCCGCCGCGAGCACUCGUCCGCUAAUGGGGCACCCUCCUCCAGCUCGCACCGCAGGAGUGUUGACUUCGACACCCUCACCACGGUCCAGUCUGCAAGGAGGCUCUACUAUGAGACCUACAUUAGGUCAGAAUCAGGGGGUGUUCUGUACCCAACCAUCCGUAGAGAGAAGCCAGGGGGAGUGGACAGUGAUGAUGACAAGGGCUCAGGGGAAUACUUCAGUGGAGAGGAGUACCAGGAGGACGACCUCAUGUUGCACAAGGACAGGAUGCCCCAUAGGGAGUUUCAAGACCUUCAAACUGACUUGGACACAAAUGCAUCGAGGGGUUACCAUCAACCGGAUAGUCUCUAUGACGACGACCAACAACCCAUUUACCAAGAUGGUGGGCGAUCGCCAAAGCGACGGUUGUUCCCCUCUACACCCCAGGCACCCCACAGACCCUCCUUCAACUUUGAGUGUCUGCGGAGACAUAGCAGUCAGGAUGAUGACAUCCCCUUGACCCCUUCCGUUCCCCAUCGAACAGCUCUACCCCUGCAUCUGAUGCAGCAACAGGUGAUGGCAGUGGCUGGCCUGGACUCCAGCAGAGUCCAGCGUCUCUCUCCAUCACGCUCUCUACGUUCCUGGGCCACGCCCCCCACCUCCCCCAUUAGCAGGGACCACUCCCCAUACUACACCCCCCUCAUCCAGGUGGACUGGCGUGGUCCCGGCAGUGUGAGCAGCACCCCUGGCACUGUGAGAAGAAGCUCCUGGUACACUGACGCCCCGGAAGCCCCUUUGAGCCUCACCUACUCCCCCUCACAGCUCCAGAUCCCCCCAGAGUACCGCAGGCAGUACCACCAGAAGAUAGGCAGUGCCAACAGCCUAGUAGAGGCCGUGUUGAUUUCAGAAGGACUGGGGAAAUACGCCAAGGACCCCAAAUUUGUGGCGGCGACGAAGCACGAGAUCGCGGACGCCUGCGAGAUGACCAUCGAUGAGAUGGAGAGUGCCGCCAGCAACCUGCUGAAUGGCAGUAUGGGUAAUGGACCGGGGGCAACCGGGGCCACGGACAAAGUGACGGCCACGAGCCUCAGGGACCGUAAUCUCCAUGACUACAGUGAUGAGGAGCCGGACACGAGUGUGAAAUGUGAAGAAGAUCUGACUGAUGAGAUGAUAUGCAUCAGCACCCUAUAGCAUUCAGUCACAUAGGCUGACAUGGCACCCUAUAGCAUUCAGUCACAUAGGCUGACAUGGCACCCUAUAGCAUUCAGUCACAUAGGCUGACAUGGCACCCUAUAGCAUUCAGUCACAUAGGCUGACAUGGCACCCAAUAGCAUUCAGUCACAUAGGCUGUCAUGGCACCCUAUAGCAUUCAGUCACAUAGGCUGACAUGGCACCCUAUACCGUAUGAACUGCACUAUAUAGGGAGAGAUGUGCCUUUUGGAGUGCCUUUCUUUCUGUGGAAUGAAUAGGUGGAUGGAAACACUGCCAGCUGGAGAGAACUGGAGGGAUGGAGGGACACGCUAAGGCUCCAACUACAGUGGAGUGGAGGGACACGCUAAGGCUCCAACUACAGUGGAGUGGAGGGACACGCUGAGGAUCCAACUACAGUGGAGUGGAGGGAUGGAGGGACACGCUAAGGCUCCAACUACAGUGGAGUGGAGGGACACGCUAAGGAUCCAACUACAGUGGAGUGGAGGGACACACUAAGGAUCCAACUACAGUAGAGUGGAGGGAUGGAGGGACAUGCUAAGGCUCCAACUACAGUGGAGUGGAGGGACACGCUAAGGAUCCAACUACAGUGGAGUGGAGGGACACACUAAGGAUCCAACUACAGUGGAGUGGGGGGAUGGAGGGACAUGCUAAGGCUCCAACUACAGUGGAGUGGAGGGACACGCUAAGGAUCCAACUACAGUGGAGUGGAGGGAUGGAGGGACACGCUAAGGCUCCAACUACAGUGGAGUGGAGGGACACGGUAAGGAUCCAACUACAGUGGAGUGGAGGGAUGGAGGGACACGCUAAGGCUUCAACUACAGUGGAGUGGAGGGACACGCUAAGGAUCCAACUACAGUGGAGUGGAGGGAUGGAGGGACGCGCUAAGGCUCCAACUACAGUGGAGUGGAGGGACACGCUAAGGAUCCAACUACAGUGGAGUGGAGGGAUGGAGGGACACGCUAAGGCUCCAACUACAGUGGAGUGGAGGGACACGCUAAGGAUCCAACUACAGUGGAGUGGAGGGAUGGAGGGACAUGCUAAGGCUCCAACUACAGUGGAGUGGAGGGACAUGCUAAGGAUCCAACUACAGUGGAGUGGAGGGACACGCUAAGGAUCCAACUACAGUGGAGUGGAGGGAUGGAGGGACAUGCUAAGGCUCCAACUACAGUGGAGUGGAGGGACACGCUAAGGAUCCAACUACAGUGGAGUGGAGGGACAAGCUAAGGCUCCAACUACAGUGGAGGGGACACGCUAAGGAUCCAACUACAGUGGAGUGGAGGGACACGCAAAGGCUCCAUUUACAGUGGAGGGGACACGCUAAGGAUCCAACUACAGUGGAGUGGAGGGACACGCUAAGGCUCCAACUACAGUGGAGUGGAGGGACACGCUAAGGCUCCAACUACAGUGGAGUGGAGGGAUGGAGGGACACGCUAAGGCUCCAACUACAGAGGAGUGGAGGGAUGGAGGGACACGCUAAGGAUCCAACUACAGUGGAGUGGAGGGAUGGAGGGACACGCUAAGGAUCCAACUACAGUGGAGUGGAGGGACACGCUAAGGCUCCAACUACAGUGGAGUGGAGGGACACGCUAAGGCUCCAACUGCAGUGGAGUGGAGGGAUGGAGGGACACGCUAAGGCUCCAACUACAGUGGAGUGGAGGGAUGGAGGGACACGCUAAGGCUCCAACUACAGAGGAGUGGAGGGAUGGAGGGACACGCUAAGGAUCCAACGACAGAGGAGUGGAGGGAUGGAGGGACACGCUAAGAGUCCAACUACAGUGGAGUGGAGGGAUGGAGGGACACGCUAAGAGUCCAACUACAGUGGAGUGGAGGGAUGGAGGGACAUGCUAAGGAUCCAACUACAGAGGAGUGGAGGGACACGCUAAGGAUCCAACUACAGUGGAGUGGAGGGAUGGAGGGACACGCUAAGGAUCCAACGACAGUGGAGUGGAGGGACACGCUAAGGCUCCAACUACAGUGGAGUGGAGGGAUGGAGGGACACGCUAAGGAUCCAACUACAGAGGAGUGGAGGGACACGCUAAGGAUCCAACUACAGUGGAGUGGAGGGAUGGAGGGACACGCUAAGGCUCCAACUACAGAGGAGUGGAGGGAUGGAGGGACACGCUAAGGCUCCAACUACAGUGGAGGGAGGGGACACGCUAAGGCUCCAACUACAGUGGAGGGAGGGGACACGCUAAGGAUCCAACUACAGUGGAGGGAGGGGACACGCUAAAGCUCCAACUACAGAGGAGUGGAGGGAUGGAGGGACACGCUAAGGCUCCAACUACAGUGGAGUGGAGGGAUGGAGGGACACGCUAAGGAUCCAACUACAGUGGAGUGGAGGGACACGCUAAGGCUCCAACUACAGUGGAGUGGAGGGACACGCUAAGGCUCCAACUGCAGUGGAGUGGAGGGAUGGAGGGACACGCUAAGGCUCCAACUACAGUGGAGUGGAGGGAUGGAGGGACACGCUAAGGCUCCAACUACAGAGGAGUGGAGGGAUGGAGGGACACGCUAAGGAUCCAACGACAGAGGAGUGGAGGGAUGGAGGGACACGCUAAGAGUCCAACUACAGUGGAGUGGAGGGAUGGAGGGACACGCUAAGAGUCCAACUACAGUGGAGUGGAGGGAUGGAGGGACAUGCUAAGGAUCCAACUACAGAGGAGUGGAGGGACACGCUAAGGAUCCAACUACAGUGGAGUGGAGGGAUGGAGGGACACGCUAAGGAUCCAACGACAGUGGAGUGGAGGGACACGCUAAGGCUCCAACUACAGUGGAGUGGAGGGAUGGAGGGACACGCUAAGGAUCCAACUACAGAGGAGUGGAGGGACACGCUAAGGAUCCAACUACAGUGGAGUGGAGGGAUGGAGGGACACGCUAAGGCUCCAACUACAGAGGAGUGGAGGGAUGGAGGGACACGCUAAGGCUCCAACUACAGUGGAGGGAGGGGACACGCUAAGGCUCCAACUACAGUGGAGGGAGGGGACACGCUAAGGAUCCAACUACAGUGGAGGGAGGGGACACGCUAAGGCUCCAACUACAGAGGAGUUUCACACAACUUUCUUUCUCUCUGUCUGGCAACACCCAGUGAACCGAGAGAUAUAGGUAGGGGUUGUCCCUUAGGGGAUGCAGUAAUGCUAGGUUUGCAGUCCACUCAGGAUGAGUAGGAUUAGUGUCACCGCCUCAAUGACUUCAUACAGAAAUCACAUAUCAGUGACAUCACGUUCCAAUCCUCAGGCAUAUCCCCCUGCCUCCCAUUUGCCUUACCCUCUGCACAGAGAUACUGAGAAUAGUGAGUCAUAGGUGUAGUGGUGGCCAUUUUACAGACCACUUUUUGAAACUGUGAACAACCAACACACAAGAAAACAGUGUACUCAAAUAUCACACACUCAUUCCUGCCCAACCAAUCAAUCUUCAGGGAUGACGGGGUUCCGAUCGAUAGACACAUGUACAGGUACAGACACUAGAAGCCAUGUUGUUUUAGUGAAAGGAAAAAGCUAUUAAGUUGUAGAUAUUUUUUAAACCCUGUAAGAAAAAUAAACUAAUGAAAAGAGAUGCUUUAUAUUUGGUUAAUUAUGAAUCGUUACAGGUAUAGCAAUAUCGUCCCCAUGCCUAUGUUUUAUUUGUGAAUUAAUAUGAAAUUAUAUUUUAUAACCUUGUCGCCUUUUUUUCCGCUAGAAUGCAUUAUGUUUAAGCAUAGCAGUUUAAGGAGGAUAAUAUUGAUGUAGAAUGACUAUGAUGUCAAAAAGAGCUGCUUUCACUGAAGUGUAUGUACAGUAUGGCUGUACAGAAGGAGGGUUUACCAUUUACCAGCUUAGCUCACUGCCAACAGAAAUAAAUCGUUUCAGGUUACAUUGAGGACAACUGUUUUUCAUUGUGUAUUGUACAGCACUAGAGCAGUUUAACUGUUUACUGUGUUACUGUGCUUCUUAUUCAACUGGUUACUGUCAUGGGAAUGGGUUCAUUUCCUGUCAACCUUUACAGUAUGUGCAAUGAAAGGGCUCCUUUAACAAAAACACCACAAGGGAAAAUCUAUGCUUUGAAGACACAUAGCUGUGGCCAAUAAGGCUGUAUGACUAAUAUGCAUUUUCCAAACGCGUAAAGUCAAGUUCAAUAUAAACGCAUGUCAUGUCAGGGAUCUUUGUGAAAUGGCAUCACGAAAUGUAAAUUCCUUAACAAUGGAAUAUAGUGUUUACAACUACUAGGUUUUCCUCAGCAUAACUACCAUCUUUCUCUCGACACCAAACAAUGCUCUCAGUUCAACACAUGAAUGAUGGCAUAGUGAUGGCAUAGUGAUGGCAUAGUGAUGGCCACUUAGUGGGGUUUUAUCUAGAAGGGAUAAUACAGCUUUGGUCCAAAUGUACUUUUCAUAUAGCAGGUUAGGAGAAAUAGGUUAAGGUUAGGAAAAACGUUAAGGUUAGAUAAAAAUAAUUUUAAAAAUAACUUUUGACGUCAAUUUGACAAAAGUUGUAUCCCAUCUAGAAAUGACCACUCAGUGAGUGUUUCGAGAGUGGGGUUCAAAUCCUGACAUAAUGGUAUGCAUGCAUGCCUUCCAGGACUGGUAAUGAUAACUACUGCACCAGAGGUUAUAUCACUGGCUCAAAUUGUCUUUGAGAUGGUGAGACUAUACUUUUCCUGGGGCUAUGUACAGUUGAAGUCGGAAGUUUAUAUACACUUAGGUUGGAGUCAUUAAAACUAAUUUUUCAACCACUCCACAAAUUUCCUGUUAACAAACUAUAGUUUUGGCAAGUCGGUUAGAACAUCUACUUUAUGCAUGACACAAGUAAUUAUUCCAACAAUUGUUUACAAACAGAUUAUUUCACUUAAUUCACUGUAUCACAAUUGCAGUGGGUCAGAAGUUUACAUACACUAAGUUGACUGUGCCUUUAAACAGCUUGGAAAAUUCCAGAAAAUGAUGUCAUGGCUUUAGAAGCUUCUGAUAGGCUAAUUGACAUAAUUUGAGUCAAUUAGAGGUGUACUUGUGGAUGUAUUUCAAGGCCUACCUUCAAACUCAGUGCCUCUUUGCUUGACAUCGUGGGAAAAUCAAAAGAAAUCAGCCAAGACCUCAGAAAAAUAAUUGUAGACCUCCACAAUUCUGGUUCAUUCUAGGGAGCAAUUUCCAAAUGCCUGAAGGUACCACGUUCAUCUGUACAAACAAUAGUACACAAGUGUAAAUACCAUGGGACCAAGCAGCUGUUAUACCGCUCAGGAAGGAGACAUGUUCUGUCUCCUAGAGAUUAACAUGCUUUGGUGCGAAAAGUGCAAAUCAAUCCCAGAACAACAGCAAAGGACUUUGUGAAGAUGCUGGAGGAAACAGGUACAAAAGUAUUUAUAUCCACAGUAAAAUGAGUCCUAUAUCGGCAUAACCUGAAAGGCUGCUCAGCAAGGAAGAAUCCACUGCUCCAAAACCUCGAUUAAAAAAGCCAGACUACGGUUUGCAACUGCACAUGGGGACAAAGAUUGUAAUUUUUGGAGAAAUGUCCUAUGAUCUGAUGAAACAAAAAUAGAACUGUUUGGCCAUAAUGACCAUUGUUAUGUUUGGAGGGAAAAGGGGGAGGUUUGCAAGCCGAAGAACACUAUCCCAACCAUGACGCACAGGGGUGGCAGCAUCAUGUUGUGGGCGUGCUUUGCUACAGGAGGGACUGGUGCACUUCACAAUAUAGAUCAAAUGAUGAAGAAGGAAAAAUAUGUGGAUAUCUUGAAGCAACACCUCGAGACAUCAGUCAGGAAGUUAAAGCUUGGUCGCAAAUGAGUCUUCCAAAUGGACAAUGACAAGCAUACUUCCAACGUUGUGGAAAAAUGGCUUAAAGACAACAAAGUCAAGGUAUUGGAGUGGCCAUCACAAAGCCCUGACCUCAAUCCUAUAGAAAACGUGUGGGCAGAUCUGAAAAUGUGUGUACGAGCAAGGAGGUCUACAAACCUGACUCAGUUAAACCAGCUCUGUCAGGAGGAAUGGGCCAAAAUUCACCCAAUAUAUUGUGGGGAGCUUGUGGAAAGCUACCUGGAACAUUUGAACCAAGUUAAACAAUUUAAAGGCAAUGCUACCAAAUACUAAUUGAGUGUAUGUAAACUUCUGACCCACUGGGAAUGUGCUGAAAUAAAAACUGAAAUAAAUCAUUCUCUCUACUAUUAUUCUGGCAUUUCGCAUUCUUAAAAUAAAGUGGUGAUCCUAACUGACCUAAGAAAUUUUACUCUGAUUAAAUGUCAGGAAUUGUGAAAAAACUGAGUUUAAAUGUAUUUGGCUAAGGUGUAUGUAAACUUCUGACUUCAACUGUAUGUGAUUACAGAGAAGGUAACUCCCACUAAUUGAAUCAUCUUUAUUUAUACUGUUUGCAAGUGAUAAAAACAAAAGCUACUUUGAGAAACAAAAGGUUUGAUAUGCAGCUAGUGCAAUUCACAGCUUAAUUGUUUGUACUGCUUCUGUUGUGUAAGAAACUGUGCAGAAUGUGAAGGUUAAAGUGAUUCACUGUACUUGAAGAAUCCUGCUUUCUACCCGCUAACGUUACAGAUGAUUCCACUUUGUAGCAGAUUAGUUUUACCUUCAGAUUUUAUACUGUUCAAACCCCUUUAUUUUGUACAGUUCCUUUAUUCUUUUGAACAUUUGCCUGGAAUGCUGAUGAUUUUGUAACGAUCACAACUGAAUAAACUCUCUCCAAGUCA